AUGAGUACUCCAAUGUUCGGCCGACUGCUGCCGACGGUCUCGCGACUGACCAGUCGAACAAUCACUACCUCGCGCUCGUCACAGUUCCUCCCAUCCUGCUACCAAUGGACACGCUUCUCUCAGAGAUCGUUUUCGUCCGGUUCGGCUUCCUACGUUAAGAAAUACACAGAAGACCAUGAAUGGAUCGAGCUAGACGCCGACGGCAAGACUGGUACUAUUGGGAUCACGGAAUAUGCAGCCAAAGCACUCGGAGAUGUCGUCUACGUUGAACUCCCAGAAAUAGGACUCGAGGUGGCCAAAGGAGAUACUAUCGGUGCCGUUGAAUCGGUCAAGUCGGCCUCGGAUAUCCUGACACCCGUUUCGGGUAAGAUUACGGACCACAACAAAGUGUUGGAGGAAAAGCCAGGUACAAUCAACAAGGGUCCAGAAGCGGAUGGUUGGCUGGCGAAGAUCGAGGUGAGCGACACGGCGGAGCUAGAUGGCUUGAUGUCGAAAGAGGACUACGACAACUUCGAAAAGGAGUGA